AUGGACUUCCAAUCACUUGGACUACUUCCAUGGAUUCAGGAAACAUGUGACUCUCUUAAAAUGCAUUCUCCUACUGUAAUUCAGCAGAAAACAAUUCCAUAUAUACUAAAGGGUCGCAAUGUAGUUGGCAAUGCUCCUACAGGUAGUGGUAAAACUGCCUGUUAUUGCUUCCCAAUGCUUCAACAGUUAGCAGAUGAUCCAUUUUCAAUAUUUGGCUUGGUACUUUUACCUUCUAGAGAACUUACAUAUCAAGUUCUUGAUCAAUUUGAAGUCUUUGGUAACAAGGUGAAUGCCAGAUGCCAAGUUGUAACUGGAGGUUUUGACGAGUCUCAACAAAUUCAUUUGAUUGAUAAGAGACGUCCACACAUUUUGAUUGCUACUCCUGGAAGGUUGGCAUCUAUUAUAAAGCACCCUAGUAAGUUACUUGAGGGGUUCUUGAGUAGGCUCAAAAUCUUAGUUUUGGAUGAAGCAGAUCGUUUAUUAGGUGAAUCUCUAGAAGUAGAUAUGGUAUCAAUUUUAUCUUGCUUACCUAAGUCAGACCAAGGUCGCCAGACUUUAUUAUUUUCUGCUACUCUUACAAGAGCUAUUAAUGAUUUGAAUGAGAUGUCAUAUUUAAAUAUCUCGGAAGUAAAAUGUCCACAACAAUUACCUAUGAUUAUAAUAGAUGACAAUCCAGAAGAGACUCCACUUAAAAAUAUCAAACAAUUAUAUUUAUUUCUAAAUCAUCGUAUAAGACUAAUAUACUUACAUUACAUAUUAUCAAAUGUAAAAAAUUUCAUUAUUGAACGAAAUUCAGCCCUAGAAUCAUCUGAAAAGAAUGAUUCAAUUGAGGACUCUGAGGAAAUUUUAAAUUUUACACUAAAGAAUAACAUGCAAUAUUUUAAGACUCAAAAUACUCCUAUUUCUCAAUCCAAAACUCAAGGUAUAAUAUUCACAGCUACCAAACAACAAUGUCAAUUACUUACAUCCACUCUAGAAUUCAUGGGAUAUCCUGUAACUGGGCUACACAGUCUUAUGAAUCAGAAGAGAAGACUGGCAUCUUUGGGUAAAUUUAGAAACCAUACAUGCAAAUUACUAGUUGCAACUGGUGUAGCUUCUAGAGGAUUGGAUAUUCCAGAUGUAGGAUUCGUUAUAAAUUUUGAUUUUCCAAGAUCAUUUGAAGAUUAUAUUCAUCGUAUUGGACGUACAGGGCGUGCAGGUAAAGAAGGUGUUGUACUAUCAUUUAUUACACAGGCUGAUGUUCCCUAUGUCAAGUAUACUGAGAAUAGAAUGAAUACUGAACUGGAACUUCUAAAUUUAAAUGAAGAUGAAGUUUUGGAACUCAUGCCUUUUGUUACUACUGUUCAACAGAAAGCCUUGUUACUGUUAGAUGAAAUAGGGUUCAAUGACAAGGUAAAGGAGACAAAAAAACGCAAAUUGAAGGUUAUAAAGACUAAAAAUAAGCAGAAGAUCACUGUUUGA